AUGGAAUUCGCGUUCGCACACACGCUGAUAAUCACUCGUACUGACCAAGAAUGGUACGCUUGUGCACCUCUGUGCUCAUCUCUUAUAUCACCCUUUCCUUCUCUCUCUCCCUCUCUCUCAUCGCCCUUUCCUUCUCUCUCUCCCUCCCUCUCAUCGCCCUUUCCUUCUCUCUCUCCCUCUCUCUCAUCGCCCUUUCCUUCUCUCUCUCCCUCCCUCUCUCUCAUCGCCCUUUCCUUCUCUCUCUCCCUCUCAUCGCCCUUUCCUUCUCUCUCAUCAUCAUUUCCUUCUCACUUAUCAGUCUUCCUCCUCUUUCAUCACUCUUUCCUCACCUCUAUCUUAUCUUUCUUUCUCUCUAUCUUCCUUUUCUUCUCACUCUUAUCACCCUUUCCUUCUCUCUCUCAUCACCCUUUCGCUCUAUCGCUGAUCACCCUUUCCUUCUCACUCACUCAUCGCCCUUUCCGUCUCUCUCAUCAUCAUUUCCUUCUCACUAAUCAUUCUUCCUCCUCUCUCAUCACUCUUUCCCCACCUCUAUCUUAUCUUUCUUUCUCUCUCUUAUCAUCUUUUCCUUCUCAAUCUUAUCACCAUUUCGUUCUCUCUCUCUCUCUCUCAUCACCCUUUCCCCUCUAUCACUCAUAA